AUGUCGACCGUCAGGUGCGUACUUUGCGCUUGAAGCUGCAGUGUGCUUUAGCGACUGACGCGGUGCUGCUCUCACCCGUCACCGCAUUGCUGAACACGCUCCCCGCUCGCUCGCCUGCCUUCCGCCAUGCGCCACCACCGACCUUCCCACCGGCGUGGGACCUCUACAGCGCAUUCUCCGAGGCUUGCCCCGUGUGUGCACCUUCCUGCGAUCGAUGUCUAGUGCUCGUCACUGACCGCCGCUUUUGUGUGUACAGAUCUAUGCCCCCUUUUUCGGUGCGAUGUGAGCCUUCCUCGCUAUGCUCUGCACCCACCCACUCCCCCAUUCUCCGCCCGCGCUCCCACCGCCAUCGUUCCCGAUCUCCGGGUCUGUCGAGGCCACUUUGAGCUGACCAGGUUUAUGCACCCCUUUUUGCACGAUGCUCGGAUCGGGUCGUCCACAGGGGCUGCACCGCCGCGAUCGUCUUCACCUGUGCGUCCUUGCCGUGCCUUCGCCGCUUCCAGACUGCGCACGACGUCCGGUCAUCCCAACUACCAGCAACUCCAGAACUGACAAUGAACCCACCUUUCUUUCUUUCUCUACAGGCAUCGGUGCAUCGUACGGUACCUCAAAGUCCGGCGUCGGUAUCGCCGCGAUGGGUGUGCUCCGACCCGAUCUGAUGAUGAAGUGCAUCGUCCCCGUCGUCAUGGCCGGUAUCAUCGCCGUGAGUACAACCUCGCGGUAUUGAUUUUGAUACUCUCUCGGGAAGGUUCGAGUUGGAGUCGGGAUGACGAUCGCCGAAACGAUGGCUUGCUCCGCGCGUCCACCUUCCGCACCUUUUUGGCUUACUCUCGAUCUCGCCUUGCUCAAACCAGAUCUACGGCCUCGUCGUCUCUGUGCUCAUCUCGGGUGACCUCAAGUCCCCUAUGGCGCUCUACACGGGUUUCAUCCAACUCGGCGCCGGUCUCUCGGUCGGCUUGGCCGGUCUCUCCGCCGGUUUCGCGAUCGGGAUCGUCGGUGAUGCCGGUGUGCGAGGUGUGGCUCAACAAGUCAGUCCACCUACACGCACAAAGGCGAGGUCAUCACCCCAAGUUGACUGACGGUGUGGGCGUUUUGAUUUCUAGUCGCGCGUGUUCGUCGGCAUGAUCCUGAUCCUCAUUUUCGCCGAGGUGUUGGGCUUGUACGGCCUGAUCGUCGCUUUGAUCCUCAACACCCGAUCGAGUGACCACCCCGCGGUAAGUUCACAAAGGAGCCUGUUACUUGGCGUAGUGCGUGGGGUGACUGAUCUGCUUUGUGCUUUCUCUAGUGCUGA